AAAGUAUUAGGGGGAAAAAGUCCAAAAUAGAUUUCUCCUCAACCUUCAAACUCCUCCUGUUCUUCAGACUUUCAGAUUAGUUCACUUUCCCGUCCUCCAUCACCAAAGUAAGGCACAACGAAUUUGGCAAUGGCUACACCUGCACUGCGGAUGAUAGAUAUUGCAGUUAAUUUCACAGAUGGCAUGUUUAAGGGAAUUUAUCAUGGCAAGAAUUGCCAUAUCCCAGAUAUUCAAGUAGUUUUAAACAGAGCUUGGAAUGCUGGAAUUGAUCGAAUAAUCGUUACAGGAGGAUCUCUCGAGGAGUCGAAAAAAGCUCUAGCAAUUGCAGAAACUGAUGGAAGGCUAUUUUGUACGGUUGGUGUGCAUCCAACUAGAUGCAAUGAAUUUGAAGAAAGCGGCGAUCCAGAAAAGCAUUUUCAGGAACUUCUAUUCCUAGCUAAGGAGGGAGUCGAGAAGGGAAAGGUUGUGGCGAUAGGUGAAUGUGGACUGGACUAUGACAGACUUCAGUUUUGUCAAGUUGAUAUCCAAAAGAAGUAUUUUGAGAAACAAUUCGAAUUGGCAUAUGCUAUGAAGCUGCCAAUGUUCCUGCAUAUGCGUGAAGCUGCAGCAGAUUUCUGUGAUAUUCUUGAUCGCAAUAAAAGCAGAUUUUUAUCUGGAGUUGCUCAUUCUUUUACUGGAAGUGCAGAAGAUCGUGAUAAACUACUUUCUUUCAGUAAUAUGUACAUUGGACUCAAUGGCUGCUCUCUGAAGACGGCUGAGAAUCUGGAGGUGGUGAAGGGAAUACCUGUUGAGAGGAUGAUGAUUGAAACAGAUUCACCGUACUGUGAGAUUAAGAACACUCAUGCAGGGAUUAAAAUGGUUAAGUCAACUUGGCCAUCUAAAAAGAAAGAGAAAUAUGAUCCAGAGUGCCUUGUCAAAGGGAGAAAUGAACCCUGCUUAGUUCGGCAAGUCCUCGAGGUGGUUGCUGGCUGCAAGGGUAUUGCUGACAUAAAUCAGCUGAGUCAGGAUGUGUACCACAAUACUUGCAGGGUCUUUUUUCCUCAUGAUUUGGACUCUGCUGCUGAUGCUCUACUCACUGGUAAAGAGAACCAGUAAAAAAAUUCUGCCCCAUUUAACAGACUUGAUUGCUAAAGGACUUGAUGGCUAAGGAAGAUAACCUUCUUGCAGUUUAUGGAGAAGCAACAUCCUACCUUUUUAUUCUAUGACUGAAGGUUUUGUACCAAAACUCAAAAUUAGAUUGUUGCUUAAGUAGUGAAACCAUGAAUAAUAAUUUCGAUGUUCAUGUUGGAUCUUGGAAGUUCGAAUCCUUUGGUCAAUGACAUUUUUGUGUUUUAGUUGCCAAAA